GAGAGAGAGACACACCUGCACUGAGAGAGAGAGACACCUGCACUGAGAAAGAGACACUUAUCCAGAGAGACAGAGACCGAGAGAGGGUCCGAGACAGAGACCGAGACAGAGUCUGAGAGUUUAUCCAUCUACUCCACUUAUUCCAGAGAUCUGGAGAGAGAGAUGGGGGAGUUAAUGAGCGAGAGCGAGGUCCAGCAGACCAUUCUUCUGAUCCAGAAGAUUGAGAGUGAAAAAAGAGACAGAAUCCUGAAGGCCUGGACUGUGGCCAGUAACGAAUGGCUGGAGGAGAAGAAGAAGAUGAAGCAGGAGAUCGAACUGCUGAAGCAGGAAGCAGGGAGGCUGAGGAUGAUGAAGAAGAAGGAUGGAGAGAUAAACGACCUCAAUGAAAUGAGGAAGCUCCACCAAUCAGAGCUGGAUCUGCUUCAGAAGAAAGAGAAAGACAGGAGAGACAGAAUCCUGAAGGCCUGGACUGAUGAGAGUAACAAAUGGGACUCGGAGAAAAGAAAGAUGAGGCAGGAGAUCGCCCAGCUGAAAGAAGGAGAGAAGCUGAGAGCGAUGAAGAGGAAGGAUGAAGAGCAGGUGGGAGAGAUGAAGGAGCUGGAGAAAAUGAGAGAGCUCCACCAGAAAGAGAUAGAACUGCUCCGAAAGACGGAUAACGAAAGAAGAGACAGAGUCCGAGAGUCCUGGCUUAAACUCUGCUCUGAAUGGAAGGAGGAGAAACAGCAGAUGAAGCUGGAGGAGGAAAAAAGGGAGCGUCUCCUGGAGUCCUGCAUGAAGGAGAAGGACGAAUGGAAGGAAAAGAUGGAGACGAUGAUGAAAGAAAGAGAGAAGGAGAAGAAGGAGAUGGAAUCCAUGAUGAAAGAGAGAAAGGAGGAGAAGGAGAUGGAAAAGAUGAGGAAGGAUAAGGAAGAGGAGGAGGAGGAGAGAGGGAUGGAGGUGCUGGUGCUGAAAAUGAAAGCACUGUCCCUUGGAGAACUGAAGUCGAGGAGGAGAAGAAGAGCAGUCCGUUCCAUUUUUUAGUCUUUUCCCAUUUUC